AUGAACCGACCUAAACCACGCAAGCGCUUCUAUACAGACCUAGCAACAGUCCUCAUCCUCCUCUCGACCUUUGCUGGCGCUGUGACCCUCCAAACACAAUUCGCUCUACCAGACACAUGCAACGGCUCUCGCGCCCGGGCCCUGGUCGCCUACUCGUCGCAGUUCUUUCUCACGAGCCCGAUAGCCGUCUUUGCGAUUUUCAUGUGUUUGCAUGGCUAUGACGAUGAUCAGAUCAUCGAGGCCGGGCGACACGAGUUUAUUCAGUGCCAAUUUGGAUUGACCGGGAUCAUGAUUAUUGCAGGAUUUCUGCUGUUGGAUAUUGCGACGCUUUUUACUGGUGCCAAUUAUUUGGGACCGGCUGGGACGGCGCUCAUGGGUGUUUUUGUCCUGGGAACGGUGGCUUGGGGUAUUGAGGAUCAUUUGCCCAAGGUCAGGGUUGGGAGAGAUGAUACGGAGGCUGUGCCUUUGCGGUCUGUCGAUGAAACGGACUCUUUGAGGAUAUUCUUAGGAUUAGACAAGUCUCAACCUAUUCCUAAGGUUCGACUUGUGUCUCGAUGGUCGAUCUGUGGACUGGUGGUUCUGGAGGCAGUUGGCAUUCUGACAUUGUUUGGGCUGGGCAUCGCCCAAACAGUGACAGCGUCGCCAGAUGGCUGCGAGUUAAUGUGA